AUGCUUUAGCUGGCAGUGUUCAAGCGAUUUAGAUAAGAACGAAUGAUACAGACCGAAAAGAACUUUAUCUCAAAUUCACAAGAGAAUACCCGUCCGUUCAGUUUCACAGGCGACGUGUCCAGGGCUCCACUCAGGAUGCUUAUAGCGAAAGGUAUCGGCCUGGUGGUGACGGCGGCGGUCUUCUUCGCCGCCAUCGUAACCCUCAGCCUGUUCGCGAGGCAGUGGACGAACGGCGACUUCUCGUUUCUCGCGGAGCAAAGUAAGGCCAUCACGGACGACUUCAUCAACAGCGAGGUCAACCCUGAAAAUAUCAGAAACAACCUUAGGCAUUUGACAUCUCGACCUCACCUGGGCGGAACUGAGACCGAGUGGGAGAACGCGCAGUGGGUCGCGGAUACCUGGAGGGCGCAAGGUCUCGACGACGUCCAUCUGGUCCCUUACGAUGUCCUGCUCUCAUACCCAAAGAAUGAUACGCCCAACUUGGUCCGGAUCCUGAACUCAGCUGGCGAGGAGGUCUGGGCGUCCCACGGAUGGCAGAAGCCCAUUCACGCCCCCGAGGAAUCAUCUCCGGAAAUCCUGCCCAAUUUCAACGCCUACUCUGCCCCGGGGAAUAUCACGGGAGAUGUGGUGUACGCACAUUUCGGUCGUGAGCAAGACUUCAAGAAAUUGGAGGAACUUGGUGUCAGUGUCAAAGGAAAGAUAGUCUUGGCUCGCUACGGUGAAGUCUUCAGGGCAAAUAUCGCAUCGACGGCGGAGAGACAGGGGGCUGCCGGGGUCUUGCUGUACAGCGACCCCCAGCAGUACGCCCCCCUUGGUGAGGACACCGUGUACCCAGGCACCGUGUACAUGCCUGGCUCUGCUGUGCCGGCCGGUACAGUGUACCUGAUGGACGGUGACCCUCUCACACCGUUUUAUCCCUCUGUUGAGAGCGCCUACAGGUUACCCGAAGAAGAGGCCAGCCUUCCCAAGAUUCCCAUCCAGCCCAUUAGCUACGACGACGCCAGAGAGAUCCUCGGCCGCAUGGACGGAGACGAGGCGCCAGAGGAGUGGCGCGGCGGGCUGAACGUCACGUACCGUCUCGGACCAGGAUUCCAAGAGGCGGGCUGGCAAACCCACCUCCAAGUGCACACACACAACGUCCGCACGACCACUUACAACGUCGUGGCUACCAUCAGGGGGAGCGAGGAACCAGACAGGUACGUGAUCCUCGGAAACCACCGCGAUGCCUGGGUAUUUGGCGGCCUCGACCCCUCGUCGGGCACGGCCGCCCUGCUGGAGGUGACGCGAGUGCUGGCCAGCCUCAGGAACGAGACAGGCUGGAAACCCCGUCGGUCUGUGGUGGUGUGUUCUUGGGGCUCCGAAGAAUACGGUCUGAUCGGGUCCCAGGAGUGGUCGGAGCAGUUCGGGAAACAGCUGGCGGACCGGGCAGUGGCGUACCUCAAUGUUGAUAUGGCCAUUGAAGGGAACUACACUUUGCGUACGAAAGGUGUUCCUUUGUUGUAUGACUCCGUGUUCGAGGCCGCGGCAAAGGUCCCCAACCCCGACCCGUCCGAGGUGGAGGCCGGGCGAACGACCGUGUACGACACCUGGGUAGCACGACAGCCCGACGACGAUCACCCGGGACGACCUAGGGUGAAGAACGUUGGCUCCGGGAGUGACUACAAAUCCUUCUUACACAACCUUGGAGUUCCUGCGCUUGACAUCCGCUACACACACGAGCCUGAAAUGUACGCCGAGUUCCUGUAUCACACGCUGUACGAGACCUUCGCCUUAGUUGACGAGUUGUACGACAUCGGGUUCAAUUUCCACGCUGCCAUGGCCAAGCUGUGGGCGAUUCUGGCCGUUGAUAUCGCUGACGCUCAGUUGAUUCCUUUUAGCGUGAUGGAAUACAGUAACUUCCUGACGAAGGGACAACAGGAGGUGCUACAGGAGUAUGGCGAACUCAUCUCCUCCAAGAAUAUUACAAUGGAGUAUUUUGAGGCCGCAGUCACCGGUUUUUCACAAGCAACUCAGAAAUUCCUUGAUGAUUUAGACCUUCUGGAUACCGCCGACGUUCUAGCGGUGCGCCGCGUCAAUGAUCAGCUGAUGAUGGUGGAGCGGUCAUUCAUCGACCCUCGAGGUCUUCUGGGCCGACCAGAGUACAAUCAUGUGAUCUUGGCGCCCAGCACCAGUAACAGCUACUCGGGAACCGCCUUUUCCGGCUUGACGGAUCCUCUGGACGGGAUCCAAGACCUGGAUCCUAUCCAGCAGGAGGCGCGAUGGACUCAGUUCUCGCAGAACUUGGCCACCAUCACCCACUUCAUCAGUACGGCAUCUAAGGUCCUCUCAGACGAUCUAUGGUAGAGUGACCUUCCAUGGGGGAUUUCACGAGGUCAAUGAAGAAAUAAGUGUAUGGCCGGAUAGGUUACAAGAUUUCCCAGGAGAGAGAAGCGUUAGAUUACGAAAAGCUGAAGAAAACACCUAACUAUAGAUACCUCGAAUGGAUCAUGGUAAAAUAAAAUACUGAUGGCAGUUCGCACGAAUCACUAUUAUUCUACAUAAUAUAAGCUAAAUAGAAUACA